CCCUACAACUCCCCCUCCCACUGGACCCCACCCUAUCCUCACUCCUUUACCCCAUCCAAUAAACUAGGUACUGUGGUUAAAAGACUUUGAUCAUGAUGUUUGGAAGAUUGUCGCCGUGUAUGAGGGUGGCCCAUGGCGGAGCCGCCGCCGCUUGUCGUCGGGUAAUAAUAAGGAAUUGGCACAAAGAUGGCGGGAGCAUGGUGGAGGUGGCGUGGGAAAAGCCGAAGGUCGGGUGGACGAAGUUGAACUUCGAUGGGUCGUGCAGAUGGGAGACCGGUGCAUCCAGCAUCGGCGGCGUGUUCAGAGACCACGACGCCGAGUUCCUGUUCGGAUACGCCGAGCCCAUCGUUGGGCCCGUGUCAUCGUCAUCCGACAGUAAUGUUGCUGAGUUCGCGGCGCUGCGUCGGGGCCUCCAGAUUCUCACGGAAGACGACAACCGUUGGAUUACUCAAAAAGGCACAUUGCAUAAUAAUCUAUGGAUAGAAGGAGACUCCAAGAAUUUGGUUGACGCCGUGUUGCACCGAGAGCCACGCCGCCGGCGGUUUAAGUGGGAGGAUUUUCAGGAGCAGGUGGAGGAGAUAAGACUGAUGAUCAGACGCCUUAAGACGUUCUGCCGCUGCGAUCUGACGCAUGUUUACAAGGAGGGGAACAGAGCGGCACAUAAAUUGGCGGAGAUCGGCCACCGUCUCCAAUCUCCCCAAGUAUGGCGCCGCCUUGCUCCGCCGCCGCAACUUCUGCCCAUUCUCAGCCAAGAUGCGCAAGCCAAGGUUAUUCAACGUAGAAUUCGACACACAAAGUUAUGUUAGUAGAUUUCUACCCGUGCACCAAAUAGUAUUUGAUAUUUAUUACUCCCCCGUUCCACACAAUGCUUCCCUUUUGUUUUUUUGCUUUCCACAAAAUAAUUCCAUUUUUUAUUAAAAAACCAUUUUUAUCCAUAUUUCUCAUACCUUACUUAUCACAUCAUACUUUUUUACUAAUAACCAAACUAUCACAUCUUACUUUUUUCCAUCACAUCAUGAACAAAAUUGGAAAGUCAACCAAAAUUACACUUUCCUUAUUUUUGCCCAAAGUCAAAAUAAGAAUGGAUUUGUGGA